AUGAAGAAUACUAUUAGAUUUUCGUUGAGAUCCUAGAUAUAAACCAUUAGGAAUAACUAUCAGUUUUCAAUCAUUUAAAAUUACAUGGGAAUCUAAUCCAAUCGAAAAAAAAUAGUAAAGUGAUUUAUUGACAGUAUUUAUAAAUCUAAAAUGGGGAUAACAUCUAAAGAUCAAGAAAUUUGUAAUAUAAUUUAUCUAAUUGUUAGAAAUAACUCAAUUUGGCAUAUUUGCAAAUUCAUAAUGGCAUUUUAUCAAUUUGGUAUAAAAAGAUAAUAUUAUCGAAAUAUUGAUUAACUAGGAAAUUUGGAUUCAAUUAUGUUUAAACUUUAUUAACAGUUUUAUUGUCAAUGGAAAAAAUACAGACUAUCAAUUUCUCUGAAUCAUUAGUUAGGAUAAUUAUUGUAUCCCUUAGUAAGAAGAAUUAAAACAGGAGAAUUAAAUUAAAAAAUUGAUAGGUUAAGAAAUUAAGGAUAAAAUUACUAGAUUUAAAUCCUAGUUAAGUGUUUUGGAUUGAAAAUUAUAAAUAUUUCAGAAAAACAAAAAGAACUUACUUUUGGUUUAGAUAAAUUCCAAAUAGCAGUUAUAAUUAAGACAUUAAAGUACAUGAGAUAUCAUCUUUGAUGUAAUAUUAUAUGACAGUUAAAUAGUUCUGAAUUUGC